CGAACCUAGACCUAAUCGAGCCCUGCCCUGCGUCAAUUUCCGAUCUACUUCACUUUUGAUUAAAAUCUAGACCGAAUUAUCGAUGGCUGACGAGAGUUUGCUUAGUUUUUAUCCCCGCUUGAUUGCAAUUGUCGUGAUUUAUGGGACAGUCUUUACCGGAGUUUUUUGUGGUGCCAGGUCUAUUUUCUUCUCGGAUGAACGGUUGUUGGUUGUGAGAGAAAACGGAGUCACACCUAGUUUAGAGGUUAAGGGUUCUCCUGGAUUGAAUCAAAGUACAACAAGUCUCUGCGAGAGGAUACAGAUCCGUGGGUUCCCAAGGUCAGCAAAACAGAUGGUGUCCAAGUAUACUCAUUCCCUCAAGAUUACAGUCAACGCCUCAGCCGCUGGGAACACAAGUAACAUACACGUUUGCUUCCACAGGAAUUCGUCCCUUGCAGUUGGAAUGUGCGCUGAUUAUGAAUGGGAGGAAGUCACUGAUGGUUUAUGGACUGCGGCAAUGUCACCAUUCGACCACAUACUCCUUGAUGUAAGAGUAGCCAACUCAUCAUCCAAUGCCACUCUGCAAGUGUCUACCUUAGAAGGAUCGUUUAUGUAUCGCAUUUCUUUCUUAAUCCUUGGUACCGUUUUGAUGACUUGGGCUUCUACACUGAGCACAUCGUUAGCUUUUUACUGCGUUUGUUGUUUUGCUGCUGGUCUAUUACUUGUUUUCCUGCUUCUCCUCUUUCAGGGACUUAAGCGUCUACCAACUCGACCCAGUUGCUCGGCAUUGUUCCUAUAUGCAUCUCUGCUUGGUCUAACUUAUGUUAGUCUUCCAUACAUACCCGGUUUAGUUCAAGAUUUUCAAACAAUGUUGGGAUUCCUCGAUAUAACCUUUUCAAGGUAUUUACAACUGGCUGGACUAAUGUUUGGAUUCUGGGCUCUCAAUUCACAACUUCUUCUUGCUCCGGAUGACACCAUUGACAUUAGCACUUCAGUCUUUAUCUCUUGGUGCACCAGGAUUUUGGCUGCCGUUUUGAUUCUUCAGAGCUCAGGAGAUGCUUUGCUUGGUGGAGGAGCAGUGGCAUUUGUGAUUGUUAUCUCACCCCUGUUAAGGAAGAUCACCGCAUUGAUUUUCCCACCACGCGACUAUCAUGUAUCUACUGCUACAAAUCCACAAGGGACUGACUUAUCUUGCAGGACCAACCACCUCGAGACUAGUCCGUCGUCUCAUGUUUUACAAAGUAAGGAGGCAAGAGUAAGCAAUGGCCGUGUGUAGACAGCAUUGUCAUUAUGGGUCUUUUUUUAAUUUAUUUUAUUUUAUUUUAAGUGAGUUCACUAUAACGACGAAUACAAUGAAGUAAUGUGCAAUGUCUUGGUCUAAUUCUAAUCUAACCCGUAGUUGUGCCAGGUGCGCAUCAUAUAAUAGAA